AUGGUUGAUGAACAAUGGAUCUACAUCAUCUUUAUGGACACAUUUAAUGCGUCACAAAAUGAAAAUAAUACACCAAUGGACGGCAAAAGGUCUCACAAUGAUAUAGUAAAAAGUGAUAAUGAGUCGAUAUGUUCAACUGAUAUAGCAUCAACAUCUACCGAUCAAAGUAAUAGUAGUAAUACUGCCCUGGCGUCCACAGAAUUAUCACAAAAUAUUCUGCCACACAAACGUUUAAAACGAACAUUCAAGGCAAAACCAAAAAGUGAUAGACCAUUAAACCGAGAACGAAUAGAACAGAUAACACAAAGAAUUUGUGAAAUUAUUACGAGUGGUUUAUUACCUUUUUCUUUUGUCGAAAACGAAGGAUUAAAAAAUCUCAUAAACUUGUUUGAGCCGAAUUAUAAGAUACCAUGUCGAAAAACAAUAACUACUCGAAUAGAAACAUUGUAUGAAUUAAAAUUAAAUAAAACAAAAAAAAAUCUUGAAAGUAUUAUCAGUAUUGCUCUAACAACAGAUGGCUGGAGUUCGUUAGCAAUAGAUUCGUAUAUUACAUACACUGGUCACUAUUUUGAUAAAGAUUGGACGUUGUGUAAUGUUACAUUGUCCAUUGAUGAAAUAACAGAAUCACAUACAGCUGACAAACUAAAAGAUGAUAUUACAGAGCUUAUGGACAGGUGGGAUAUAUCCAAUAAGGUCACUGGUAUCACUCAUGAUAAUGCAUCAAAUAUUACAAGGGCAGUAAGAAAUUUAGAAGAGCAAUUACAGAUUUAUUCAAAUAGAUGCGCAGCACACACAAUUCAGCUAGCAAUAAAGAAAGGAUUCGAUGAUAACGUUUGUAGUAGUUUGUUAAAAAAAGCAUCAUCAAUCGUCAGUGGAAUUCGUCCCUAG